AUGCAGCUCUUCAUCCCGAAGGUGGAAAUAGCAGACCUGAUGUGGUCUGUGCCUCCACCUACCCCAGAAGAAGCUUUGCAGGCACAUCAAGUCACGCGCAUUGAGAAUCUUGCAGCACUUCCCGGUGCACUCAACGAGCAGUUGAAAGCAUAUCCGGAUGCGGCUUUCCAUAUUCUUCCGGCAAACUCACCACUCUUCCCCACCCUUCCAGCAGAAUAUGCGGCGCUUAUACUAUCGAAUAACGUCCUUGUGACGGACAAGUAUCUUCUUACCGCAGUCCAUCGUGCACGACUUACCAAGGACCAUGAUGAGAUUGAGGCGAUCAAGAAGGCGACUGCCAUCAGUUCUCGUGCUCAUGAGGUCGUGAUGCGAGUGCUAGGCCAGGGUGUUAGAGGUGCAAUUACGCGGGGCAAAGGUGCAGGCGUGGGUCGACCGCUAUUGCCCAGCGAGUGGCUCAUCGAGAAGGAAGCCGAAGCCGAGGCACUAUUUGUAGCUUCCUGUCGGCGAGAGGGCUCGAUCCAUCAAGCAUACCUCCCAAUUGUUGCUGCAUCAACUCGCGCCUCUACCCUGCAUUACUGUUGCAAUGACCGCGAGUUCGCGUGGGGUCCUGUCCCCCCUAAUGUACACGAGAAUGGUGAUUGUCUCAGUCAUGAUGAAACGAGACAACUUCAUCCACAAGUGCUGCUCAUCGAUGCUGCAUGCGAAUGGGAUUGUUACGCAUCGGACAUUACUCGGACAAUGCCAGUGGGAAAUGGGGGUAAGUUCACCCCAGAAGCCAGGGCUAUCUACGAACUCGUGCUGGAAAUGCAAAAACUCUCCAUGGAAGCUCUCAAGCCGGGUGUCCACUGGGAUGUGAUUCAGUUGCUUUGUCAUCGCACACUUGUCCGAGGAUUUCAACGUCUUGGGAUCUUCUUGAACCCUAACUCGCCAAAUUCUGGAUCAUGGAAUGCCGAAGAGGCGAUCCUUGCUAGCGGUGUGAGCAGCGCUUUCUAUCCACAUGGGGUCGGGCACUCUCUCGGACUAGACGUGCACGACGUCCCGAGCGCAAGCAAGCCAGAAAAGAACGAUACUCUCGGGAAGGGUGUUGAAAUCGGGCAUGAAUCAUUUUAUACCUAUCUGCGUCUCCGAUUGCCCUUGGAAGAGGGCAUGGUUGUAACGGUUGAGCCUGGGGUAUAUUUCUCGCCGCACCUGCUAGCCCCAGUCCGCGACUCACGACACAUUGACCAUAAUGUUCUCAGGCGGUACGAGAGCGUGGGUGGUGUUCGGAUUGAGGACGUCGUCUUGAUCACUCGUGGUGGGUCCGAGAAUUUGACGACGGUUAGGAGCGACCCAGACUGGAUUGAGGCCAAUGGUGUCUCGCAAGUCGCAUCUUCUUUGGCAGGUUCGGAGAUACCCGAAACGCGUCUUCAAGAUCUACCUCUAGGCUCUCUGUCAGUGCUCGCUGAGUCGCUUGAGUCUUUGAUAAUAUCAAAAGCAGAAAAGUCAUACAUCCAAACAUCACUGCAUGCUAAUCCACCACUGCGCGCUGACGGCCGUUCUUUGUUGGACUUCCGAACUGUGCUGCUAGAAACUGGAGUCGCCCCACUGGCUAAUGGUAGUGCGAAACUUAACGUUGGAAAAAUUCGUUUAGAGGGCGGCGGUGGCACAGAAGUUCUUGCGGCUGCCAAGCUCGAAGUAGAGGAUGUCCAACAGGGAGACGGCGUCGAUGGCGGUAGGAUCGCUUGUUCAGUAACAUGCUCUCCUGCCGCAUAUCCCUACCUCACUUCCAAUGCGCUCGAUGAGCUCCAAUACGACAUGACCGCUGUUCUCCACCAGACACUCUCCCACCCGUCAUUGCACCCAAAAAACUUAGGUAUCCUUCCCGGAAAAAAAUCGUGGCUACUCAGUUUGGACGUCGUUGUACUCGCCGAUGCGGGUAACGUAUACGACGCGGUCUUCAUGGCGUCGCGAGCCGCGCUGUGGGACACGAAGGUUCCUCGCACUCGUCCCAUACAAUACCAAGCACGGGGAAGCACGCUUGCACCUCGGAAUGCGGACGUAGACAUGGAUGGGGAUGCGAGCGAACAGCAGGCCACAAGCGGCUUUGACACGAGAGACAUGACGAAAACUGCAGCGGACUUCGAGCUCCCAGAUUACUGGGACGAAGGGGAGGUACUUGAUUCGAGGGACAUAUGGCCAGUUUGCGUGACAUUAAACAUGUCACCUCCAAUACACUUCCUGGAUGCAACUCCUCCAGAAGAAGCUUCGACCCCUCUGAAACUUAUGCUGGCAUUCUCGUUCCCUCUCGGAUCCCCUUGUAGCUUACAGGCGAUGAGACUCUUGGGUCCUGGGGAGUUGACAACGGUACAGUUGAGGGCGCUCAUUGCGGAAGGGGAGAAAUAUGCUAGAGAUAUCUUUACCGCGCUAGAAGCGAAGUUGCACGAUGAAGAUGCGCGUAGACACGUGAAAGCCAGAGAUAAAUUUGCAGUUCGGUGA